AUGGCCCCGACAGUGGCCUUGUGCUCCCAGCAGCAUGAAGUUAUUGCUUCACAAAUCCCGAGUGUCAAGACCCAGGUUCUCACAGGUCAGGAUAAUGUUGAUAGAUGGACCCAACAAUCUGAAUGGGAUGCCGUUCUUCGAGAUGUGCGGGUGGUAGUCUCGACCUAUGCCAUUCUUGCAGAUGCGCUGACCCACGGGUUCGUGCGGAUAUUGCAAUUGUCGCUUCUGGUCUUUGACGAAGGUGGUUCAUCUAAGUCUCUCAGGAUUCUGGAAAAGAACCUCGAUGCGAUCUGCAAAGCCCCUCGCGUUCAUCGGACUGAGCUCCUGCAACAUGUUCACCGCCCAAGUCUCGAGCGCAUCCCUUAUACCUCAUCUGACGACACCCAAGGUGCUCGAAAGAGUCGGCUCAUGCAUUCACUAUCACAAAGUAUUGCAGCUUACACCGCCCAAAAUCUGGAACUGACUAGGGGACUCUGCCAGUGCCCCAGCCAUGACCAGUCGGACUAUGAAGCAAUCACCAUCAAAGGAGGACUAUUGGAACGUCAGUUACACAAGUUUAGGCAGAAAAGUGCCCAUAUAUGUCAAGAACUGGGCGCCUGGGGUGCCGAUUACUUUAUCAGUGCUUCGGUGGAUCAACUCCGAAAAUCACUUGGUGAAGAGAUCGAAUUGUCUUUCCAAGAUAAAAAAUGGCGUCUGGAGCUACUGCAGGCUUUAUCCACUCUGAAAACGCUCGAAGAUCCACCAAGCGAUUCCGACAUAUCCCCGAAAGCAAAAGCCCUCGUAGAGUUCCUGCAGCGAAUGGAUUCCCCUCAACUCUCAGGAUUGAUUUUCGUCCAACGCAGAGCGACAGCCAGUGUGUUAACGCAACUCCUCACUGAUCAUCCUGCAACAAAAGGCCGGUUUCAAUGCUCCGCUUAUGUUGGGUGGUCAAGCGGCAGCAAGCGGACGGAAGGCCUUGGUGAUCUACUAACCCGUGCAUCUCAAAAAAACACCCUCGCUGAAUUCAAAUCGGGCAAGAAGAACCUUAUUAUCGCCACCGACGUCCUGGAAGAGGGUUUAGAUGUGAGCGCCUGUAGACUUGUCAUAUGUUUUGACAAGCCGUCAAACCUCAAGUCAUUUAUUCAGCGACGGGGACGAGCUAGGCAUCACGAAUCCACGUUCGCCAUCAUGACCUCGACCGAGGACGACGCCAUAGAUGUGGCAAGUUGGCAACGUCUGGAAGAAACUAUGAUAGCGUUAUACCAGGAUGAACAGCGUCAGCGGUCCGAAGCGAUCGGACUGGAAGACGUGGAUGAAGAGGUACCCGGGUUGCUCCGAGUACCAUUGACCGGUGCCGUUGACCCAGCUGUACGAAGGACAAGAGGAAGGCGCUGGUGGCGAUCUCAACGGGCAGCGUCGCGCGAAGCAGCAUUUGAAGCGUAUAACUCCCUGUGGGAAUAUGGACUUCUGAAUAACAACCUUCUACCGCUGAUCGAUAAGCCUGAUCCAAUAUCUAUCAGAAGCAACACCCUCUCCGCAGAGAUAAGUUCUUGCUCGGAACAGUUUGACCCUUGGUCAGAGAUUGCACAAGCAUGGUCGCUGGAUAAACCUUCGAGUGAUCUCUAUAAAGUCGACCUGAAUAUCACACAGGACGGAAUUGUGAAUGAAGAUCUGUCAAUAUCGAUCGUUCUCCCAAAGCCGAUUGUCUUGCCCCGAGCGAUUCCCUUGUACUGGAAUGACCAGACAGAUCUGGUAGCCUCAUUCGGGUCUUUGGAAAGGUUGCCUUGCACUGCAGCGCAUGAAGUUUCACUAAUGAAAGACAUCACUGCGGUGUUCCUCCAGGCUCCAUCUUCUAGACCAGAUGCUCCCGAUCGAGAUUUUGUGAUCUUAUUCAUCCCGCAGAUACCCCACGCGCAACUUGAAGAUUGGAAUGCAAAGUUUUGCGGGGUGAUGCGGCUGUCGGAUUUCCAUAAGGAUAACCCUCACAGUGCUCCUCUGGGUAUCAUUCGCAAUCCGGAGAGGUAUAAUAAACCACGGGUCUUUCGAAAGUGGAUAUAUCCCGAACAAGGCGGAAGUCAAAUUACGCAGGUCGAUGUCACCCCAAUAGACUUGUGCACGUUGACUCGCAUACCAGCAUCGAAAGCCAUGGUUGGACUCCUUGUCCCGGCGAUUCUCGACCGAAUGGAGGCUCUCCUGGUCGCAGAAAGGUUGAACUCUACUAUCCUCGAUGGCGUGGGAAUACAAGACCUCGAUCAUGUAUUGACCGCCAUCACCACUCCGCUCUCCCAGGCUACUAGAAACUACCAGCGGUAUGAGUUCUUUGGAGACACGGUGCUGAAGUUUGUUGUGAGCUGCCAAUUGUUCUUUAACAAUCCUACUUGGCACGAAGGCUACUUGUCUGCAAAGCGGGACCAGAUCAUCAACAAUGAACGUCUGGCUCGUUCGGCUCUUGACGCCGGGUUGGAUCGCUUUGUGAUUACCACUCAGUUUACCCAACGUAAAUGGCAGGCGCCCUUGGUCUGCCAGAAGCUGAACAAGCCGAGGGCUUCUAGAAGCCUUGCCUUGAAGGUAUUGGCGGACAUUCCAUCCUCGCCUGGUGUGAUGUACCUGAGUAAUGGAUUCCACCGCGACCGGCUGGUGCCCAUUAUCGGAUACAAGUUCAAGGAUGCAUCUUGGCUGAUAGAAGCUCUCACCCACCCGUCUCUAGAUUACGACACGACCUCCAGAUCUUACCAACGGCUGGAGUACCUUGGGGAUGCGGUUUUGGAUAUGGUGGUUAUCUCGCUCGUAUCCGAAUCUCCCAUCAAGCUGUCGCAAGGACAGAUGACAAUGGUCAAACAUUGUCUUGUGAACGCCAAUUUGCUUGGAUUCCUUUGCAUGGAGCUCAGCGCGACCGAAGAAAUGACUGAGCUAGUUCGUUCAUCAAGUGAAACCCCAGUGUUUGCUCGAAAGCAGGAGCAAGUGCACCUAUGGCGAUUUCUGCGCUUCGGAGCACCUUCGGUCAAAGAUGCACGAGACGCAUGCUUGGAACGUCACCGCAUGCUCCGCACGCAAAUUCUGGCGGCGAUGGAUCACUCUCCGGACUAUCCAUGGGAGCUUCUAGCUCGCUUACAUCCAGACAAAUUCAUGUCAGACAUUGUAGAGAGUAUGCUGGGCGCAAUCUUCGUGGAUACCGCUGGAGACCUUGGGGUGUGCCGGUCCUUCUUAGAGAAGCUAGGCCUCGUCGCCUACCUUCACAAGCUGGUCAAUAAAGGGAUCAAUGUAAAACACCCUUGCGGCAGAGCUCAGGAUUUGCUGAAUACUCAGGGUCCUCUCGUGUUUAAUGCCAGACGCAUCGAGGCAGCAGGAGCCCCCGCGACUUAUGGGUCUUCUGCCAUGCUUGGAGAGAAAGAGCUUGCCUCCAUCGAGGGGUGCGCGUCAUCUGAGGAGGCCGACAUUCGAGUUGCACAUACCAUCAUUAGCAGAAUGACCGAAGCGCGGCGACAGUCUCCUAGCCUGCCAAUGGAGAAAGAUCUGCAGAGAGGAGAUGAUACAGAUUGUCCCGAGUGA